UUUGAUUUUAUGCGCGAAGGAAAACGAAGGACAAGAAGGUGAAACCGCGAGUGUCCGAGCGAGCGAAUGGAGAAGCACAAAGUGCUGGACCAGCUCCUGAUGGAGCUCCACCGCUUCCUGCUCAUCCUGGACAAGGAGACCCUGAGUGGGAAUGCUACCAUCCAGAAGGGCUUGUUGUCCGAUCUCCUCCAGUCCUACAGAGACUCCAAUGGCACUGAUGAGGAGUACAUCUACAUGAACAAAGUGAUUGUUACUGGCAAGGACAAAGGCGACAAAGAUGACAGGUCAGAUGCCCUGCUGAAUGGGAAAGCAGCGAAAUGUGUCCCCGUCCCACAGAAGAGCCUUCCUGACCUUCCUCCCCCCAGAACAGGCGUGGUGGGUCGGGAGCCGUUCCCCUUACCUGCACUUCCAGCUACGGUCUGCGUAGACACUUCAGAGAGUUAUUACGAGGAGGCGCAGCCCUAUGAGGAAACUGUCAAUGAUCUGGACUGUUUUGGCCUCCUCUCAAGGCCCUGGAUGCGAGUGCAGAGCUCUGACAGUGUGGUGUAUGCCGUUAUCACCAGGGAUGAUGGGGAGGUAGUUAGCAGCUCAUACGAGUCCUACGAUGAGGAGGAAGUGACCAGAGGAAAGUCGCCGUCGGCGCAGCACCAGUGGCCAUCAGCAGAGGCGUCCAUUGAGCUGAUGAAGGACGCUCGAAUCUGCGCCUUCCUAUGGAGGAAGAAGUGGCUCGGCCAGUGGGCCAAACAGCUGUGUGUCAUCAAAGACCAUCGCCUGCUGUGCUACAAGAGCUCCAAGGAGCAGACGCCCCUGCUGGACGUGAGUCUGUUGGGCUGCAGCGUCGUCUACAAAGAGAAGCAGCUGAAGAGAAAAGAGCACAAGCUGAAGAUCACUCCUGUGGGAGGGGAGGCCAUCGUGCUGGGCCUGCAGAGCAAGGAGCAGACGGAGCAGUGGCUGAAGGUGAUUCAGGAGAUCAGCCCCAAGCCAGCUGAAAGCUGUGACCUCCAGCACUCUGUGUCCGACUCCCCGAGGCUCAUCUGCACUAAGGGAGAGCUGAGUGAGAGAUACUCAGUGGCUUCAGAGAGCGGCAGCAGCACUGACAGUCAUGCUGAAACCCCUGAAAACAAAGAUGUGAAGAAAAAAUACGGGGCAGGUUUGAAGUUCAGCAACCUCAUGAACAUUGGCAAGAAAAAACCUUCCUUAUUAGAGAGCCCAGAGAAAAGUGUCGACACCUCAGGCUACCUCAACGUGCUGGUGAACAGCCAGUGGCGGACCUGCUGGUGUCUUAUCAAGAACGGUCAGCUAUGGUUUUACCAGGACAAGGGCAAAAAAGUGAGCCAGCCGGCUGUAACCCUGGAGGGCUGCAGCGUUCUGCCCGACCCCAGCCCUGAGCACCUGUACUCCUUUAGGAUCGACAUGGAUGGCACACAGGUGGCAACGUUAGAGGCUAAGACAUCAGCAGACAUGGGUCACUGGCUGGGCCUCUUGCUGUCACAGAUGGGGACCAAGACAGACCCGGAGGAGCUGACGUACGACUACGUCAACUCUGAGAGGAUCUCCAGCAUCGUCAAUGCUGCCAAGACUUCCUUAUACUUGAUGCAGAGGAGGUAUUCAGAGCCGAACACCUACAUAGACACCCCGCCCUCCAUCUCCCACAACUCUGAUGAGCUGUAUGAUGACGUGGCGUCUAUAGCUGAUCCAGAGGAUGCUGAAGAGAGCGGCCUGCCAGACAGUGAGGACAACAACCUUCAGGAACAUAAUGAACCAUCCACACAGGAUGCCAAGAACUCAGAGGGAACCGAGCAGGACCCUGACAACAGGGUUUACCUGGAUCUUGUUCCUGUGCGCUCCUUUCUCCAUACAUCCUGUGGUGCUAAAACCCCACCCGCCAAAGAGACUUCUAGAUAUUCCCCGGUCCCACUAGAGGAGCAAAAGGACUCCUCAUGUCAAGUUAAAGAGGUCAGUCCAACUAACGCCUCUGAGCCGGAGCCGAUACCUGUGUUAAAUGGAACAAGUCCGACUCCUGCUACGUGCAAACCAGAACAAGCGUGCCCCCCGACUACCACGCCACAGCCACAGCAGUCGCAACCCAACCAACUCAAAACCACGUCCCAAAGCCAGGAGACGCCUAAGAGGAUGAACCUGGGGAUCCCACAGGCCUUCAACUCCUCUGGGGGACAGGCCCAUAAAGGCCCAGCGGUUCACACUGCUGCCGGGUUCCCCCACAGUCCUCAACCCCUGCGGCCCAAGGCACACACCGUAGUGUGUCCUGGUGCGGUUGAAGGGAAACUGGGUAAAAACCGCACAGAGGCAGACAUGCGGCGCUACACGGAUGAGCGCGACCGCCUGGAGAAAGAAAGGGAGGAGGUGAGGAGCAGUCUGGCAAACCUGAAGAAGGAGAGAAGGGAGACCAAAGAGGAGCUCAGUGCCUGCCAAGAUCCCAAGCAGCAGGCCUCAAUAGAAGCCCGUUUGAAGCAGAAGGAGGAGGCGUGCCGGGAGGCGGAGCACCGCAGGGUUGAGGUGGAACUUCGGUUGGUAGAAGUGAAGGAAAGUCUGAAGAAGGUGGAGUCGGGGCCUUUCACACUGGGAACCACACUGGACAGCAGCCUCCAGGACACACCCAUGCCUAAAGCAGCAACCCUGCCUGCUCCCCAGACAUCAUCAUCAUCCUCCUCCUCAUCAUCAUCAUCAUCAUCCCAACCCUCCAACAGCAACAUCAGCGCAGACACAGCCUCUCCAGUCAACUCUGCCUCUGCACUAAAGAGCAGACCCGUCUCCAUCAUGGCCACGAAAGGCAAAGUCCUGCAGAAAGCUAAGGAGUGGGAGAAGAAAUCCACCACCUAGGAGGAAAUCUCAUGAUCAAGUUUCACUGGGUUCGGUCGGCCGUCCACGACUCUUCCUACUCAAGCCAAGUUAACAGACCAGACAGUUAAAUCAACAUCCUCCCUUCUCUGGAUCCUUCAUCCUCAUCACUUUCUUGCCAAGACUAUAAAGAGCCAAUCAGAGGGAGGCACAAGCUGUCCUCUUAAAUACCACUGGAUAAUCUUGGUUUUAAUGACUCAAGUUGUUUGUUUCCCUAUUUCCUAGAGGGAGGAAUUUGAUGUAGUAGCAUUUGGGCCAGUCUAACAAUUGUUCUUGAUAAUGAUAAAAUGGGAUGUUUCAACACUGCAAACAGCCAAAUAUUUGAAACCACUGAAAUCUGAGACAGAAAGACGCCCCUCUACUAAAUUGGCCACUUUGUACACUUUUUGUAGCUUGGUUCAUAUAUGCUGGUAGCCAAGAUGUAAAUAUAUUUACACCAUUAUUCAGCCUUUUGGCUUGUAUUGCUAGCUAGAAAUGCACUUUUUAUUCAAAUAAAAAUGUACUGACAACAA